UUCUUCUAAUCUUCCCACAAUCCCCUCCUCAAAAACACAACUUCGGCUUAAACAAAAACCAGUAAAACCGAGGAGAGAGAAAAUCAACUACUCGAAGCUCUAACAAUGGCGGCACCAGACGUUGAAGCAGUCGACUUCGAACCAGAGGAAGACGAUCUCAUGGACGAAGAUGGCGGCGCCGGUGACGUCGACGGCUCUCCUAGGGCUUCGCAUCCCAAGCUCAAAUCCGCCAUUGCUGGCGGCUCCGCUGCUGGAUUCGUCAAGAAGACGAAAGGUCGUGGUUUUCGUGAAGAAGCUGAUGCUGAGCGUAAUAGUCGUAUGGCUGCUCGUGAAUUUGAAUCUCUUGAUUCUGAUGGUGGACCUGGUCCCGCUCGCUCAAUCGAAGGCUGGAUUGUACUCGUCACAGGAGUGCAUGAAGAGGCACAGGAAGAAGAUCUCCUUAAUGUCUUUGGAGAUUUCGGUGAGAUUAAGAACUUGCAUUUGAAUCUGGAUCGCCGUACUGGAUUUGUCAAGGGUUAUGCCCUGGUUGAGUAUGGGAAAUAUGAAGAAGCACAAGCUGCAAUAAAGGAGAUGAGUGGUGCCCAAAUGCUUGAGCAGCCGAUAAACGUUGAUUGGGCUUUCAGUAAUGGGCCUUACAAGAGGAGGGGCAACCGUAGAAGAUCCCCUCGCGGUCACCGAUCAAGGAGUCCUAGAAGACGAUAUUAAAUCUGUUUGUUGCUUUUGGAAGUUGUGGAUACCUCACCUGAUUUCGAGUUCAAGGCAUGUGGUGGAGCUACUUUUUUUUUUGGCCAUGAUAGUGAGGCAUUAGUGUGUACGAGUAUUUGUUUACUGAAUGAUUCAUCCUUAUACAUGCUUUUGUUAAUGAAUUCUCAAUUAUGGAAGAGUGGCGGUUUGGAUAUCAUUUUCUCAAUGUUGAGUGUACACUAUUUCUUACUUGUAUUGAUCUAGGUUUUUAGCCGUAUGACUACUAAUUUUAUAUUUGUGGAAUUUGUAUGGUUAUUAUUCUUUUAACUAA